UCCAUCAACAACUGAAAGUACAACAGAAACAUACACAACUCUGAUGGAAGAAUCAACCACAGCACAACCACCACCAACUGAGAGCACAACAGAACAGAAAACCACAACACAUCCAUCAACAACUGAAAGUACAACAGAAACAUACACAACUCUGAUGGAAGAAUCAACCACAGCACAACCACCACCAACUGAGAGCACAACAGAACACAAAACCACGACACGUCCACCAACAACUGAAAGUACAACAGAAACAUACACAACUCCAAUGGAAGAAACAACCACAGCACAGCCACCACCAACUGAGAGCACAACAGAACACAAAACCACAACACAUCCAUCAACAACUGAAAGUACAACAGAAACAUACACAACUUCGAUGGAAGAAACAACCACAACACAAUCACCCACCUCAGAAAGUACAACAGAAUACACAACACAACCACCAACAACUCAACCAACCACACCAACAAAACAAUACACAACUGCAACUCAGCCAACUACUAAAGCCAUAACUUCAGUAAAAUAUAGCACUUCAGUGUCAACAGUGUCUACAACAGAAAUUAUAAUAGUCACUGGCUCUACUAUCACCAGUCCAACUCCAAAAUCACCUCAAGUAGUGAUUACAACAACUAAUCCUACAACAACAACCCCUUCUAUGACAUCUGUACUCAGUACCACUGAACACACAACUCCAGUGUGUGAGUGCAAAGAUGUGAUGCGAAAUCAAAGCUGGUUGUGUGGAGACACUUGGAGAGAGUAUUGUGCUGAUAAAGCCUGUAAAGCUGGAGUGAUUGAGGUAAAAUCCAUUACCUGUCCAACAUCCACAAUCAGGACUGAUUGCCCUAGAGACAUGAAGUCUUUGGUCAGAGAUGAAGAGACUUGCUGUGAAAACUGGGAGUGUGACUGUAAGUAAACUGACUUGUCAUACACACAUCGAA